GACGACAACGGCAGCCCCGACGACAACAACAGCAGCACCGACGACGACAACGGCAGCCCCAACGACGACAACGGCAGCCCCGACGACAACAACAACUACGAAAGCAACGGCAGCCCCGACGACGACAACGGCAACCCCGACGACGACAACAACGGCAGCCCCGACGACGACAACCACGAGGCCACCAGGUACAACAACAACUACCAGGCCACCAAGUGUAACUCACAGUUCACCUAUUACAACUUUGCCUUACACAAUAUGGAACACAACAACAAGAUAUACACCAGUUACAACCAUAAGUUAUACAAUGACAUCUACAGCUGCGACCAUCCCGCCACCAAGCAUGGUUCCUAUCAAUAUAGGAGGUGGUGAGUUAAGAAUGACUGGACUGACUAUCCUAAUGAAAGGAGUGAAUUUCCAUGAAGACCUUAAGAAUCAAUCCUCAACAAUCUUUGAUGAAUUAUCGUGGGAUGUGCGGAGGUUCUUACUGAGACGAGAUCAUAAUGGCGGUUUGGAUUUUGCAAAUUUUCCACUACUUAGUUGUAACAUUACAAGAUUCACGAAAGGGAGCAUAGUAGCUGAAUUUGAACUGGGAUAUGACGUACAAUAUUAUCUCGGUAUGCCAAAGUAUGGAACUGAAUCGAUCAGAGCGCAUGUUAAUAAUACCAUUCAAUCAAUGGCAAGCAAAAACAUAACAACAUAUGCGCUCGGCACUAAUGGGACAAUGAAAAAUCUUACGGUUGACAGAGCCUAUCUUCGAGAUGUUACAUAUGGACAGAUUCAUAAGGCCAGUGCGUGUACAGGCAACAUCCUCCGAUGUGAAUAUGGACACAGAUGUUAUUACUACAAUGGUGAAUAUGGAUGUUACAGUAUGUGUCAACGUAUCCCUUUUGGCACAUGGAGUCAUGAAGAUCAUGACAGGUGCUAUGGCGGAACGUGUUCUUUGAGCGGGGGAUAUAAUACCUCCCUGACUACUGUUUGCACUUGCAAUAAUGGUUUCAUCAAACUGGGAGAUGGAUGCGCCUCAGUCGCUGUUGUUGUUGGAAUAUUAGGUGGCAUAGUGCUGAUAUUAAUCGUCAUUCUUAUUGUAUGCGCUGUUAGAAAAGGAUCAUCAAAACCAAUUGGAGACCCUGGAUCCAGACUAGAAACGUACUCUGGGGAACAAGAUGCCAACAACAUGGAGCAGGUUACACGUCGCCAACUAUUACGUCACUUAUCAAUUUCUAUGGGCAGUGCAGACCGUACUGAUGAUAACUUUCAAAAUAAGAAUAACAAGGAAAACAAGGAGGAUGGAAGAAAAAGCAAGAAGUACAAUCUGAGUGACAGUCUGAAACUUAGAUUGAAGAAAGAACUAUUACCUCCUAAGGAUGACGUUGACAUGGGGAAUAUGUGA